CAGUCAGUGUAAGCAGCAAUUCGAAUUUCGAAGAAUUUUACAUCUCUACUAGACAAAUUUCUUAAAAUCUUUAUAUAUUGUAACGUUUUAUAAAUUUUAAUAAAGUUACAAGUUUGGUUACAUAAAACAGCGAGUGUUCAGAGGUUUUACAUUAAAGUAACAGAAGAUAACUAUCAAGAUGAGUAGAUCCACUUCUGUCAGUGCUCAGUAUGUGCCUCUUUUGGACAGCGAUAAGAAGUCGCCACGUUUCCUGUUAAAUUGGGUCUUUGAUGAACUCGGUAUUCAGCUCGAGGAUCUCAGCGAGAUGAAGACCGGCGUCAUCUACUGUCAGUUGGUGCACAAACUCUUUCCCCAAGUGAUGAAUCUGAAGAAGGUGAUCUUCAAUUGCACUCUACCCGUUGAGAUCGAUAGAAAUUUUUGCCUAUUGCAUCGUGCACUUGCCAAGCUACGCACCUUUCGGGAUGCAGCGCAGCAGGAGUGCAUUAAAAGGUUGACCAACAACAAGUUUAUGCUCUGGUUUCAUAAAUUUUACAUGCACAACAAGAAGAACGCCGAAGAACGAAUCAGUAGAAAGUCGUAUCUUUUAUCGAACGCGCAAGUGAAACGCAGCAACAGCAUCGCGAUCCCUUCCAAGCCAGCAGACCAACAGGGAUCCCACAAAGUACGUGUGGCGCCGCGUUCACAGAGUCUGGUCAAUAGGCCGGAGAUGCGCAGACGUAAUGCACCUGCAGCAUCUUCAUUGGCUGCUGAGCCUUGCAUGAUGGAUUGGCAAAAAGUCGAGACUGACUCCAUGGGAAACAUCUAUCAGAUGUUGGACGGCAAGCUGCAGACCUCCUUCUCGACACUCGCCUCGUCCAUGCCGAAGUUGCAAGUGAAUCCUGGGACUCCGGAAUUCGAUACAUCAUUGAAUGAGGCAUCAAAAGAGGUCAAAUUGAUCUUUUUCAAUAAAUUGCUGACAGCAGAGAAAUCCAUUUCACAGAAAGAGUCUGCAAAUAAUGAUGCUUCAAAGCAGGAAGAGUUGUCAAAUAAAAAUCAUUCUAAGCAGGAAUCUUUAAGCAAUAGUGCUUUAAAGCUGGAAUUAUGCUCAAACAAUGAUGCUUUUAAGCAGGAGUGUUCAAAUAAUAAUGCUCCAAAGCAAGCGUCCUUAAACAAUGAUGCUUCAAAGCAUGAGUCCUCAAGCAAUGAUGCUUUAAUUCAGGAAGAAGCUUCAAAUAAUAGCGUUUUAAAGCAGGAGCCUUCAGAAAAAGCUGCUCGAAAGCAGAAGACUUCAGAUAAAGUGUCACCUUCGAGAGAAGUAGCUGCGAUGGUCGAUCCCAGGAUCAGCAGAGACUACCUGGACUCCAUUGUCAAAACGCUGCGCUCCUCUGCUGCCGAUGACGCAAUUUUCGAGCUGAAUGAACGGAAUAAUAGACUUGAGGAGAUAGUCAAUAAGAUAAGGGGCUACGUUACCGACACAUCGCUUAACUCCAAUAAAGUAGUGCAUAAGACCCGCAAGACUUUGUACUUGUACUAUAAGAGCAAGCCUGAGCUGGAUCACGAAUUUUAAACGUCGCAGCAAUUCUACGUUUAUUCCAGUUCUUCUUCUUACUCCUUUUCUGUGAAAUUUUGAUGUUGUAAUCGUUUCUAAAGCUGACAACAACUUACAUGUUAAUUUGUUACAACGCAAACAAAAUAAUUAAAUUUGAUAUGAUGAAAAAUUAAAAUAAAAACGUACAAAAAUGUAAAUAAACUUGCAAAAAUAAAUGCAAGUUUUUCUCAACCGUUAAGUUUCAGCUGGGGGCCAU